UGAGGGAGGAGGAGGAGCAGAGCAACGUUUCCCUGUAGCUACAGCGCAGUGUGUAAUAUAGUGCGCGGAGGAACACAGCGCGCAGGGAUCCCGGCAUCCGGGAGGGAAGACUUCGGCAAGAUGGCGGCGCCCAGUGGAAGAGUUGGGUGACACGUCCACGCGUUGGUGCGGCUUUCCUGGCGAUGUGAUCUCCCAGCAUGACCUGACCGCCGGCUGUUGCUGUGACUUGUAGUUCUUGCGGAGCCAGAGAUAAGAUUGGAGAAAGAUCAGCAGUACCCGCUAGUGAUACACACCAUGUGCUGCAAUGUGACUAUCACACAGAUACGGAUAGGGAUUAUUACAUGGCUCAGUGUUGGUGACAGCAGCUCAUCCUCUAUAUCCAGCAAAUGGAAACGGUGUAAUUCCCAACGAUAUGUAACUGGGACCAUGAAGUCUGACAGCUGCUUCCAGAACAUCAGUAUCAGCACAGAGGCCUCUAAUGAAGCGGAGUUCAGUGACCCCAGCGGAGGUUCCACCUCAUCCACAGAUGAUGCAGAACAGCUCCUUCUAGACAGAGCGGUACUGAAGGGCGUUGGCUGGAAAGAGAAAUGCGCCUCCUACGUUCUGGCCCUUCGUCCUUGGAGUUUUAGCGCCUCUCUUAUACCCGUGGCGUUGGGCAGUGCCCUCGCCUAUCGUUCUGAUGGUACUCUGGACUUUCUGGUCUUCUUGGUUUGUGCUGUGGCUGUCCUGGCUGUACACGGUGCUGGCAAUCUGGUGAACACUUACUAUGACUUCUCUAAGGGAAUUGACCACAAGAAAAGUGAUGACAGGACUCUGGUAGACCAGAUCUUGGAGCCCCCAGAUGUUGUCCGCUUUGGGGUCUUCCUGUACACCUUGGGAUGUGUGUGCGCGGGCUGCCUGUACUUCCUGUCUAAGCUGAAGUUGGAGCACAUGGCGCUGAUAUAUUUUGGGGGGUUGUCAAGUUCUUUCCUUUAUACUGGAGGAAUUGGAUUUAAGUAUGUGGCUCUGGGAGACUUGGUGAUCCUCAUUACGUUCGGGCCGCUGGCGGUCAUGUUUGCCCAUGCGGUACAGGUCGGAUACCUGUCAGUCACACCUUUGCUGUACGCGGUGCCCCUGGCUCUGAGCACUGAAGCCAUCCUUCACAGCAACAACACCCGGGACAUGGAGUCAGACCGACAAGCUGGCAUCGUCACCAUGGCUAUCCUCAUCGGCCCAACGCUGUCCUACAUGCUGUACAACCUGCUGGUGUUUCUGCCCUACGUCAUCUUCUGUCUGCUGGCCACACGUUACGCCAUCAGCAUGGCCCUGCCGCUCCUCACCAUCCCUCUGGCAUUUUCUCUGGAGCGACAGUUUAGAAGCCAGAACUUUGCCAGGAUCCCACAGAAAACGGCCAAGCUGAACCUGUUAGUUGGACUUUUCUAUGUGUUCGCCAUUGUUCUUGCACCUCCGGGGUCUCUGCCCAAACUCUAGUAGAGAGCUGACACUUCUUUAUCAGAGUAACCGUUGCACUAUUUGUGAUACAAUUCUGGAUUUGUUUCUGCCUCUUCUGUGUACUGAUGCAGUCGUACGGAGAUGUAUUAAACUUAACAGAAUGUCCCACGUCAGCAGCUCAGUGCUGUUAGUUUAGUAGUCCCCAAAUCAUGUCCUUCUGUCAUCCUGGCGCAGCACAUGAUCAUACCCUCCUGUCUGGGUAACGUCUAUGAGGAGUGUCUGUAGUCAUGCCCUUCAGUCAUCCUGGCGCAGCACAUGAUCAUACCCUCCUGUCUGGGUAACGUCUGUGAGGAGUGUCUGUAGUCAUGUGACAUCUCUUAAUGUUCAAACAUUUCAAUGAAUUCUGCAAGUAAUGUGAUCUGCUGCAGGGUAUGAAUCAUACACUCUGCAUUGAAUGAAUGUCCCAGCCCAUGCUUCGGACCUGGUCUUGUAGUAAAGAUGACAGUUGUGGAAUUGGUAAACCAAUUUUUAGAACUGCAAUGUUUUAGUUAAUUAUCGUGAAUAUACUUUGGCAUAUAUUAUGCUAUAAUUAAACGUACCACUUUCAGCUUUGCCGAUCUUCCAGUUGUCUUCACCAUAAUAGGACCAGAUAAUUCUGGCAGCUUCAUGUCUUGUCCCUUUACUUACACCCCUAAAUCAUCUUAUUUAUGUUUGGCCAUGGGCAAAUGGGUCCUUUGGGUUAGAGGUAUGACAUAUAAUGCCCUUUUAUUCCUAUUUAUUUUAUCAAACAGAUAAUUUCCAGGUAUUUUAUCCAUGAAGUAUGCAAGCGUCGGUAUUGGUACACAACAUAUAUAGCAAUAUCUGCGGAUGAGCAAACCAGAUCCACCCAGCUUACACAUCUGAUGAGGUUAUUGCAAUAAAAGCAUCAUUUUAUGUG